AUGAGGCUGGUGGCAUCACGCAGCAAUUCGGCUGCAGCUACCAAGGAGACGCUCGCUUCACUGAUCCGCUGCUGCGGCGAAGCAAAGGACCUCGCCCAGGCCAAAGACGUCCACUCCCGGCUCCUGGCCUGCCCAGCCCACAGAUCGAAUAAGUUCCUUGCCGAUCAGCUCGUCAUCAUGUAUGGAAAAUGUGGCAGCGUCGAAAACGCGAGGAAGGUCUUCGAUUCCAUUUCUCAGCGCGAUGCCAUCUCGUGGAACAUCUUGAUCGCGGCAUAUGCCCAAAACGGGCAUGUGUACGAGGCAAAGAUGCUUUUUGAAGAAACUCCGCAAAAGGAUGUGGUUUCCUGGAACACAGUGAUCACUGCUUUCCUUCAAGAAGGCAAAACAAGCAUAGCAAAUGGAUACUUUGAUAGAAUGCCGCAGAGAAACGCUGUGUCUGGAAAUUUGAUGGUCCAAGCGUUUGCCCAGCUCGGGCAAAUCGAUCGCACGAAAGAGGUGUUUGAUUCAAUGCCGGAGGCGAACUCUUGGUCGUGGGUCGGGCUCAUUCUUUGCUACGGCGCUGCCGGCCAGACCGAGCGAGCGCUGGAGGCUUUCAUAGCGAGCGUGGAUCGCAGCAUCGCGACCUGGACAGCGCUGGUCCAAUCGUAUGCCCGGAUUGGGCAUUUGGAGAGAUCAAAGGCGGUGUUUGGGCGGAUGCCGAAGCACAAUCGUGUUGCCGCAAACUCGAUGCUCCAGGGAUUGAUUCGCAGCGGCUGGAUCGUGCAGGCCAAGGCCAUUUUCGACGAGAUGCCCGAGCGAGACGUGGCGUCGUGGACGAGCAUUGCCUUCGCAUUCGCCCAAGCCGGAGACCUGGAUCAAUCCGCGCGUCUCUUCCAUCGCUCGCCACAGCUCGACGUUGUGUCGUGCAACUCGAUCAUCUCGGCCUUUGGGGCGAGUGGCGAGCUCGAAUUCGCGAGAUGGGUCUUUGACUCCAUGCCCGACGCUGCCAGGAACACGAUCUCCUGGACGGCGAUGCUCCACGCCCACGCCCAGCGCUGCGAUCGCGAGGGGGUGGAGAGGUGCUUCGAUGCAAUGCCCACGCACGAUCUCGUCUCGUGGGCCGCUUUCCUGGGCUGCUACGUCCAUCUGGGCGAGCUGGAUCGAGCCAGGGACGCGCUCGCGAGGAUGCCCAAUUGGAGCGGCCUGGCGUGGAACUCGGUCCUCUCGGCGGCCGCGGAGAACAACCUGGUCGCCAUGGCGGAAUCGCUCUUUCGGGAGAUCCCGGACAAGGAGGAUCCACUCGCGUGCGCCAUGAUGAUCGGCCUCUACGCCCAGAACGGGCGGAUCGACCGCGCCUGGGAGGCGUUCAUCGGCGUUCCCGAGCGGUCAAGGACGGUCGUGGCGUGGACCGGAAUGGUGGGCGGAUAUGCCCGGACCGGGCAUCCGGAGCGCGCGCUGGAGCUUUUCCGCGAGAUGGAGCUCUCGGGCGUCAUCCCCGACCGCGUCGCGAUGAUCACGGUGAUGGACGCCUGCAGCCACGCCGGGGAGCUCGAUCGAGGGGUCUGCUACUUCGUGUCGACGCAAGCGGACUAUGGGAUCGAGAGUUCGUGCGAUCACUGGUGCUGCGCGGUGGAUCUCCUGGGGCGCGCCGGGGAGAUCGAGCGAGCGGAGGAAUUGGUGGACGCGAUGCCAUUCGUGCCCGGCGGCGCGGUGUGGGGUUCGCUGCUCAAUGGGUGCCGGAUCCAGAGGGAUCUGGGGCGGGCGAUUCGAGCGGCGGAGCAGCUUGUGCUCGAUCUGGAGCCAGGGAACUCGGGACCAAUUCUGGCGCUUGCGAGCAUCUACUGUGGAUUGGAUUGGAAUGUAGGCGCUCAAACGAAAGAGAGAGCGCUUUCCAAGCAAGAAAAACACAAACGCACGCAAAACAACUGA